GUCUCGUCCUCAGCUUCCGCUAGCUUAUUGUACACACAUACUGACAAUUGUUCGCAGAUUUUCUCAUUGUUCUUCACUUCUUCCUACUCCCAUGUAUGACUGCUUAAAAUGACUCCCGGGGAUUAGGGUUUCUGAUUCCCAAUUGAAAUUCCAAAUUUCAAUUGAAAGAACAAAAAAGUUACCAUCAAACCGGGAACUUGGGGCCGGACGGUGACUGUGAUAACCGAUUUGAUCGGAAUUAUGUGGCACGAAGCGAGGCGGUCGGAGAAAAAGGUACAUGACAUGAUGGACGCGGCUCGGAAGCGGGCUCAGAGACGCGCUGUCUACCUGGCUAAGAGGCGCGGCGACCCGCAGCAGUCUAUCCAAGCCGUCGGAUCUCGCUGCCGUAUCUAUCGUGACGAUGCUCUCUACCAUGCCACCCAGGAUCAGCAGGGCCUGAUUCCAUGGAACGGAAAGCAGGAUAUUUUGAUUGACAGAUUUGAUGGUCGUGCUUUGCUUGAUUUUAUUAGAGAUUCUAGUUCGAGACAUAUUCGGGUUCCUGAGAAGUCUGAAGAAGAGGAAGAAUUAGAAGAGUUUGUUAAUUUUGAGCGUUAUCGGGAUUUAAUUAAGCAUCGGCGUAGAGGAUUUGCCGAUGAUGAAGCUUUGCAACAUGUUGAUCAAGAGAUUGAGGCUAAGAUCAACCCUUUUGGAUCAGACAGAUCUCAUCCUCCCCAGCCAGUGGCAAACAAGGGGUCAUAUUCACAAGUUGGUUUCUCUUAUGAUGGAGAUGGGAAAGAGGAAACCCACGACUCAGAUGGUGAGGAAGAGGAUGAAGAUGAAGACGAUGAAGAUGAUGAUGAGUUUAACAGUGAUGACAGCAAUGAUGUGGGAAUGGAGUCAAUUGCAAAGGAAUUUGGUGUUAAGCGCUAUGGAUGGCUUGUAUACAUGGAUAAGAAGGCUAAAGAAGAAGAAAGGAGGCAGAAAGAAGUUAUCAAGGGAGAUCCUGCAAUUAGGAAGCUGAGUCGGAAGGAAAGAAGAAAGGCUUCUCAGAUGGAAAGAGAAAGGGAAAGAGAAGCAUCUCGCAUUACUGGUACUAGAGUACUUCACCGUGAUCCUUACCGUGAGCCCAGAAGAAGCCCUACUUAUGAAGCUUAUUCACGUUCUAGACGGUCAAGGUCAAGGUCUAGAUCUUACUCACCUUCCCACUCAAGGCGCAAUGCUCGUGGAAUGCAUUCUGAUGAUGUUCAUCGAAGCAAAGAUAGAGCUCCUAAGAUAGAGUAUAUAACAGAGUUUGGAGGGUCUGAUGGAAAUGAACCAAAAUUUGAAGGAUAUUCUCCACCACCAUCUCCUCCAACCCAAGCUGAUGCACUGAACCGGCCAUCAUCUGGUCGCAUACUUGAGGCUCUCCAUGUAGAUCCUGCAUCUGGUGUAUCUCUUGACAAGGAAAAAAAUGCCAAAUUGUUGAAACCACCAGCAAGCACAUCCUCAGCGUUAGCCAAAUUAAGCAAGGCAACUAGCAGUGGCAGCCUCACUAAGCAACAGGUGGAGAAGAAGGAAACGCCACAAGAGCGGCUAAAACGGAUUAUGAGCAAGCAACUAAACAAACAAAUUAAAAAAGAUACAGCCGUUGAAAUGGCUAAGAAAAGAGAACAGGAACGACAGAGGCUUGAAAAACUUGCAGAAACAAGUCGUGUUAGUCGAUAUCGUCAUCGCAGUCGAAGUAGAAGCUACAGCCGAUCUCCUUCCAGAAGGUAUCGUCGAAGUAGAAGUCGAAGCAGAGGUGGGGAUUCUCAACGACGUCGCUCUCGCUCCCGCUCCCGUUCUCUGUCGGGCUCCUCCUCCUCCUCGCAUUCACAUUCACGUUCACGUUCACAAUCCCGCUCUUACUCUAGCUCGCGUUCUCACUCGCGCUCUAUUUCUCGCUCUGGCUCACCUCGGGCAAGAAGGCGAUCGAGAUACUGAAGAUUAAUUUUGAAAAGGGAUGCAGAUCAUUAUGUGCUAGUGUCUAUGUUGGAGUGUGGUUUGAGUUGAAAAAUUCAUCUAUUUGGGAUUCUCUUAUUUUUCUUUUCCCCUUUAAAUGUAUUAACUGAAGUAAUUAGAGUAUAUAGAUAAUGAAAUUUCCCUGUGAAUUUCUGUUCUCA